UCGCGAAUGUGCGUGUGUGUGCAGGUCUUUUUUCAGCGCAACAAACUGCAAAUUUAUAGAUCCCGUUGCCGGCAAUUGUGUAAAAUUUAGUAACUUAAAGAAUUGUUAAAGUUUUAAUAAAAAUUGAGUUGCGAUUGCGCGGUUGACACAUUACAGCUUAAUAAGUGUUGAUUCGUAGCUACGUCAACAUGCGUUUGACAAUAUUUCUUUUAAUAUUGUGCAUAUUCCAAUAUGCGGUCAGCGUUGACCAAACUAAUUUCAAGACAUGCGAACAAAGCAGCUUUUGCAGACGUUGCCGCAAUGUGAAGCCAGACAAUCCCAAAUUCGGUUUGGUGCCUGGUACGCUCAACAUCUACUCCGAUUCUAUAACUGCAGAACUACAACAUAAGAUUAACAAGCAUGUCUUUACGCUGAAAAUAGAAGCAUUGGAGCAAGGCAACACAUUCCGUUUGUUGGUGGAUGAGAAAAAUCCUUUGAAACCGCGCUACCGUGUAACCGAUGCACUCAAAUCGGCACCGAAACCUGGCAGCAUUAAGGUGCAAGAAGGUGAAACUGAAUUCACUAUUACUUCGGGACCCAAUAAAGCUGUGGUCGUCGCCGAUCCAUUCCGUAUUGAUUUCUAUCAAAAUGACGUGCUUACCGUCUCGGUAAAUGCUAAAGGUCUUAUGACUUUUGAGCAUUUGCGUCCGAAACCACAGCAACCAGCAGAGGGUGCGGACGAUGCUGCCGCUAAUGAGGUGAAGGAAGCAGAUGAAAUCACCGAUCCUGGUGCAUGGGAGGAGAACUUUAAAUCACAUCACGACUCGAAACCAUACGGACCGGAAGCAGUUGCGCUUGAUUUUACCUUCCCAGAAGCAGAGAUACUCUUCGGUUUACCCGAACAUGCGGACACAUUUGCUUUGAAAUCCACCUCUGGUACAGAUCCCUAUCGUUUAUACAAUACCGAUGUCUUUGAGUAUAUACUCGACAGUAAGAUGGCUUUGUACGGUUCGGUGCCAGUGCUCUAUGGUCAUGGUACACAACGCACUGCCGCGGUCUAUUGGCAGAAUGCCGCAGAAACCUGGGUUGAUAUAUACACUGCUGAAAAGAAUGUUGUAUCCUCGAUCGUCAAUUUUGUUUCGGGUUCUCGCAAGUCUGAUCCACCAGCCGCGCACUUCAUGUCCGAAUCCGGUAUUAUUGAUGUAUUCAUUUUGUUGGGCCCAUCGCCACUCGAUACGUUCAAGCAAUACACAUCCCUAACGGGCACUGCACCCUUGCCACAAAUGUGGACGCUCGCUUAUCACCAGUCACGUUGGAAUUACAAUAAUGAGCUCGAUGUUGCUGAUGUCUCCACCAAAUUUGAUGAAUAUGAUAUCCCCAUGGAUACAAUGUGGUUGGAUAUUGAAUAUACUGACGGCAAGCGCUAUUUCACGUGGGAUCAGUUCAAAUUCCCCAAUCCACUUGGCAUGAUUAAGAAUUUGACUGAUGUGGGUCGUCAUUUGGUCGUCAUUAUUGAUCCACAUAUUAAGCGGGAUACCCACUAUUUCUUCCACAACGAUUGCACUGAACGCGGUUAUUAUGUAAAGACGCGUGAGGGCGGUGACUACGAAGGUUGGUGCUGGCCCGGUUCUGCUAGCUAUGUGGAUUUCUUCAAUCCGGAGGCGCGUGCAUAUUAUGCCAGUCAAUAUUUGCCAACGAAUUUUAAGACCAUUACGAACGAUGUCAUGAUUUGGAAUGACAUGAACGAACCAUCCGUAUUUAAUGGACCCGAGGUGACAAUGCCCAAAGAUAUGGUACAUUAUGGCAAUUGGGAACAUCGCGAUGUACAUAAUUUGUAUGGACACAUGUAUACGAUGGCUACAUUCGAGGGCUUACUCGGUCGUGAUCCAAAUCAACGUCCAUUCAUAUUGACACGCUCCCACUUUGCUGGUACACAACGUUAUGCCCUUAUUUGGACCGGUGACAAUAUGGCUGAAUGGAGUCACUUGCAAUAUUCCAUCAAAAUGUGUUUAUCUGAAGCUGUGGGUGGUUUCUCUUUCUGCGGUGCUGAUGUCGGUGGUUUCUUUGGUAACCCGGAUGCUGAAUUAUUUGAACGUUGGUAUCAAGCUGGCGCAUUCUUGCCAUUCUUCCGUGGUCAUUCGCACAUAGACACGAAACGCCGUGAGCCAUGGGUGUACGGCGAAAAGAUACGUAUGAUUGUGCGCGAAGCUCUGCGUAUGCGUUACUCCUACUUGCCACUGUGGUAUACAAUGUUCUAUGAACAUGAGUUGACAGGCGAACCUGUCAUGCGUCCACUGCUAACACAUUAUCCCAAAGACAAAGAGGCCUUUGCCAUCGACAAUGAGUUCCUCUUGCAGGAUCGUUUGCUUGUGCGUCCCGUUAUGGAACAGGGUGUUAAAAAGGUGAAUGUUUAUUUCCCAGCAAUUGAUGACAAAAAGAAUGGUGAUGUAUGGUAUAGUAUUGACACACUAAAGAAGUACACCAACGUCGGCUAUGAAAGCAUACCCGUCGAAAGUGAUACGAUUCCUGUAUUCCAACGCGGCGGCACGAUUAUACCCAAAAAAGAACGCAUACGCCGCGCCGCAACGCUCAUGAAAAAUGACCCCUACACACUGGUUAUAUGUUUGAACCGCGCCGGCAAAGCAGAGGGCACACUCUAUGUGGACGAUGAGAAAUCGUACGAUUAUCGCAAUGGCGUGUUCAAUUAUAUAAAAUUCAAUUUUGAAAAUAACAAAUUGGAUGUGAAUCCGAUUGGCAAACUCAACUAUAAGACACCCGCUUGGAUUGAGCGUGUUGUCAUAGCUGGCUUGGAACGUGCGCCCAAGUCGGCCACACUUAUUAUCGAUGGUAUUUCGAAAGAACUAGAGGUACUACCUCACGGCGAGGCUAUCGCUAUACGCAAGCCUGGCGUUUCUGUCCAGCAAAUAUAUAAUAUUCGACUUAAUUUUUAAAACUGCAAAGACAGUAUAAAAGAAUUGCAUAACCGAUUAGUGUGCGUUAGGCACGCCGUUUGUACUCGACAAUUGACAUUAUUUUAUGAAAUGUACACUUUCGAUGGCACCUAUUAGGCAUAACUUUUUUUUUAUCGAAACUAAACGAAAAAUUAUAUCAAAAAUUGGUGAAUGUAUUUUAGUAUGUGAAAUUGUUGAAUUUCCCAAAUUACAAGAAUAAAAACAAGAAUUGCAUGCAAGUUUAAAUUA